AUGACGCCCACCACCAAUCUCCGAGUCCUCGCUGUCUCCCUGCUCUCCCUUCUCACUGCCCCACUUACCACUGUUGUGGAGACCUCUCCAUCCCCACCUCCACAGCAUAUAGACCCCUCAGGAAGGCCAUUCACAGAGGAGCCCAAGUCUGGCCCCAGCCCCUCGCUCCUGCUCCUUGCCAUCCAGGCCAAUAUCAGGCCAGCUGCUCUCCAAGGCAGGACCAAAACCCCUGAGAAACUUCCAGAGACCUCAGAGGGAGUUCUGGAGGCGCCUCCGAGACCCCUGCCCCAGGUCAUGUUCCCCAAGAAUGUGACCUCAGCGGAGGCCCUGGCUCCUCCCUUAGGCGCAGCCCAAGUCGCGCCCAUUCCACCACGGCUGAUAGACCCAUGGAUGGAUGUAUGUCGGGGGUAUUAUGACGUAAUGGGACACUUUGACAGCGCUUUCAACUGCUCCAAGGACACCUUCAUCUAUUGCUGUGGAACCUGCCACUACCGCUUCUGCUGUCCGGAGCGUAGCCGGCAGCUGGAGCAGGACAGCUGUAAAAACUAUGACUCUCCAGACUGGGCCAAGCCACAGACAGACUCCAUGAUUAUACCAGAGGAGUUAGGUCCUGACCCAGACUUUGAUCCACUGAAACAGCAGAGCCACAACACUGGCUUCGUCAUCGGUGGUGUGGUUGUGUUCAUGGUGGCUGUCGCUGUCGGCAUCAAGGUGGUCUUCAACAAGGUGCAACAGGAAGCCAACCAAAGGGACCUCAAUAUGCCCAGAGCCCUGGUUGACAUGUUGCGGCACCAGUCUAGCCCAGUCCAGCAGGAUGAGAGAAACAACAGCGUGGCUCUGACUGUAGGGGACGGACAGGGGACACUGGGGAGAGCUCCAAAAAAUCUUUACGCCCCAGGACUGCCUAGCAAGGACAACAGAUUGGGCAAUUUGCAACACAAUUUCAUCCACUCAUCGGGCUCCAGCCCCAAACACACAGCAACUAUCGAACGCACCCCUCGAAUGAACAAUGCUCAGCUGGCAGCUGGAGGCACCCUGCUCUCCAGUAAACACAACAACACCAAAUCCCAGCCUGCCUUCCACCACUCCCUACACAACCUGGCUCAGCUGCCUCCCUCCUAUGAGAGUGCCACCAAGCCUGAGCUCAACAGAUACUCCUCACUCAAACGCCUCGAGAAAGGUCUUGAUGAGUACUCGUCUGGUUACUGCACCACCAAGCGCCGGCCUCACACGGCCCAGCCGGCCCUCCAGUCCUCUCAGCACCACCUUCACUGGGGUGGAGACUACACCCUCAGUGGGAGAGGGACCCUCCCCAGGCACGCAGCUCGACCCUGGAUCCCACCGCCACCUUCUGGCAUGCCUGCUUCACCCACCCCCAAUCCUUACCCUCUGGAUCCCCCAGAGCCCCAGUACAACCCCAACUACGAUACUCUCUCCAAGCCCCCGAGGAAAGUUAAGUCCACUGACCAGCUGCUCAACAUGGGUGAUGUCCCCGGCAACACGGGGACACUGUCCAGGCUGUCCAAGAACCAGCAACACCAGUACUACAAAGCCAUGGCUGCCUCCAAUAAGAACUCCAACACGCAGACCCUCACCCGCAAGACCCAGGACAGGCAGGAGAGACAGGAACGGCUGCUCAUGUCCCCGGACCAUCUGGAAGAGAGGAUGGGGGUUGGUGGCAUGGGUGUUGUAGAUCCAUACGCCCACACAGGAGGGAUUGUCCCCACGCUGCCUCGUCAGCAGAAGGCCCAGUCCCAGCAGAACGUCUGCGCUACACCCUCCCUUGACCGGCACCACAUGAUCAAGAUGAACUCUCACCCAACGUCUGGACGAGAGCAGGAGAGGAACACGACCAUGACUGGGCAUAUGAGUGGGGGCAUGGGCUGGGCGGGGGAGAUGCCCGGUGCGGGGGUAGUCAUGGGAACGGGAACACUAGGUGGCCACAGCGCGAGGAGGAUGGCUUUUGCAGCGAAAAGGCAGAACACCAUUGAGCAGCUACACUUCAUACCGGGAGGGGGCGGUGGGGGGUCAGGAGGAAGUGGAGGAGGCAGUCAGGGGAUCAGGACAGGGAGUAAAAAUGAGGUGACAGUGUGA